AGAUGCUUCGUUCUCAGGUGCAGGUACUUCUCGUGGUUUUGUUUUCCUCUGUGCUGCUGGUGCAGGUCAGCGGUGCUCCACGCAGAGACAUGUUGACAGAGACACUGAGAGCAGAUCUCGCAAAUGACAAGGAUCUCGCUCACUUGCUCUUGCUGAAGUUUGUGUCCGAACUGAUGGCGGCCCGGGGAGACGAGAUGCUCCCCGAGCCGGAGGAGGCUGAGGAGGUGGGAGUCAAGGAGGAGGUGAUGCGGCGACAUCUUCCAUUCUCCCAAAGAGAGCGCAAAGCAGGCUGCCGCAACUUCUUCUGGAAGACGUUCACCUCGUGUUAACACGAGCGCAAGAGCCGUUCAAGCUGGGAGUAUUUUUGUUUUUGACUGAAGGAUCAGUUCAUCCAUGUUUGCUCACUUUGUUGUAACUGGAUCAUUUACUGCAAGAGGUCAAAUUAAACAGGUGUUUGGGCAGUUGUAAACAGUAAUGAGGUUGGAUGUUUUGAGAUCGGUUGGGAUGUAAACAGUGUCUAAAAUAAACAUUUUGUGAUUUUA